CUCCCCCUGUCGACCUGGGCCUUGUGCUGCCCCGCCCACCGGUUGCUUGGCGCAAGGUUCCGCAGGUGAUCACGGCCGCUGGCGGCGAGUCGGGCGAGUAGUUGUAGACAAUGAGCUCGUCAUCUCCUCCGCCCGAGUUGGCUGAGGAGGUAGAUCAACCGCUACAGACCUCGAUCUCGGGCAUGCUCAGUGACGAGGGCUCGUCGUUUAUGGCCGAGCUGCAAGCGCUUGUCUUGCACAAGACCAACGCCGUUCUCGCCACGUUGCGAGGACGGAGCUCGGGGCAGGUGACCAACUUUACCAGCGAUUGGCUGUCGGGCAGCACGCUAUCGGACUUGCUGCGGACGGAGCUCGAAUCAGAGCUGGACAGGGUCGAGUCGGUGGCGUCGGACCCGGCAUCGCGGCGGAACCUGCUCAAGGCGCUGCUGCUGGAGCAUGGGUCGGCUCUGGCUAUUGAGAAACUGUGGAUCGAGAUGAUUCCGGACGCACUCGGUGUAGAUUCGGUGUGGACGCUCAUGUUUGUCUCGCACUUGCUGACGGGGCUUCGGCUGCGGCACGCCAACAACCAGCUGGCCGUGAUGAAAACCUCUCAGGCGUUGUCGUUCUCGAUGGCGUCGACGAGCGCGGAAGGUGGCAAUGACUUUGGUGCAAGCACAAUUGUGACGACGUCGCCAAGUCGGAUCGAGGACGAUCGCGAGAUGCGUUCGAUGAACAAGAACCAGCUACUGAGCAAGAUCGACGAUAUGUAUGUGUCGCACCAGGCUGACUUGCAGUCGCAGGAGCUGCGAUUUAAGCAAGCGCUGGUGGCGAAAGAGAAGAUACUGCAGAAGACGCAGGCAGAGCUUUCGCGGCUUGUUGCUGAUAACAACCGGUCGCAGGCUAUGUUCCGCAACGCAAUGGCCGAGGCACAGGACUUGGCCAAGGAGUUCAAGCAGUACACUCGCAACGUUCAGAAGAAGCAGGCAGCGAUGGCCAAGGCGCAGGCGUCGGGGAAGGAGGUGGCGCCUCCGCGCGGAACGGUGACCCUAAUGUUCACCGACAUUCAGGGCUCGACGCGGCAGUGGGAGCGGUCGAACGAUGUCAUGGCCGAGUCACUUGAGAUCCACAACAAGAUUUUCCGCAAGAUCCUUCCCGAGUUUGGUGGGUACGAGGUCAAGACCGAAGGCGACGCGUUUAUGGUCUGCUUCCAGUCUGCGGUCGACGCCGUGAUGUGUGCCAACGCGCUGCAGCGGUCGCUCAUUCACUGCGAUUGGCCGCCAGAGCUGCUUGUCGACAACCCGGACGCCAACAUCGAGCGCAAUGAGGCGGGCGUCAUUGUCUUUCGUGGCCUCCGAGUCCGCAUGGGCUUGCACAUGGGUGAGCCCAAGGCUGCCAUCGACCCGACAACCAAGCGCAUGGACUAUUUCGGCCCGGUCGUCAACCGGUCCGCACGAAUCGAGGGCACGGCUGUCGGCGGGCAGAUCAUGAUCUCAGAGCCGCUGUACCAGGCUAUUGCCGACCAUCUCGAGGACAUGAACUCGCCCGAGAUUGUGGACAAGGGUGAGUUCAACCUCAAGGGCCUUGCCGCGCCGAUCCGGCUUUACCAGGUCACUGACAACGAGCUUGUGGGUCGCCAGUUUGGAGUGACCAAAAAGAAAAAGUCGCUUGCGACGCGGAUCGCCAACAUGGGUCCGUCAACCGACGCCCUGGUUAUGCCGUCGGACGUCGACGCCGACGUCGCCGGACAAUCACUGGAGCAGCUCUCACUGACGUCUGCAGACGUGUUUUCGCGGCUGGAAACGCUCAAAGCCAAGCUCAACAAGAGCUCGACGACUGCGAGCCAGCUGUCGAGUACUCUGGAGCAGCUGCAGGCAGAAGGCAUCGAGAUGGGUAGGUCAUCGAUGGUCCGAAUGGAUAUCUCACGCAUACGGCAGGACGUCGACGACGCCAUCGAGAUGCUCAAGGCGGUCAAGGAGUCGAACACCGAUCUCGAGUCGCGAGUCGAUGAGAUGGAAGAGGAGCUUGUUGCCAUCAAGUACAAGAUCCGCUCUCUCGACAAGCAGAUCAAGCCGCUGAAAGAAGGCGCCGGCGUGGUGACCGCCUACUUGCGGCAGACGCGGGCCAACGCGGCGGAAAAGUCCGAGGUCAAGGCGCUCAAGUCAGAGCUCCGGGCCGCGCGCAAGGCGCUUGACGCGCUGGAGAAGGAGUCCCGAACCCGGAGCCGCGAGCGUGUACCGCGCUCGCGAACCUCAACUGGUCUUCUCGCCCGCGAGUCGUCGAUCAGCUCGGCCCGCCGCCCGCUUGGUGCGGCGGCACAUACGCCGCUGCCUGCCCUCGGCGGACGAGGCAAGCGAGGCAGUCCGGGCUCGUCGCCGCUGGUGCGGCCGAGCUCGCCACGGGCGCGUACCGGCGCCGCGUCAUCUGGGCCGAGCUCGGCCAAGAGCAUGGGAUCGUCGCGCGGCUCGUCGGCAACACUCUCCUGCGAGGAGCUUCACCGACCCAUGGAGACCUCGCACCCAGUCGUCUCGGGCGAGUCGCGGUCGACGUCGUCAGGCACCUCGGGCUCGUCGCUCUCUUCGUGCAAGACGUCCGACUCAGAGUGUGGAUCGGCAGCCAAGUCGUCGGGAGCACCUCGUGCCAAGCCCCGUAGCCGGCUGCCACGAGGUGGCAAGCGUAAGCGCAAGCUGAGCAAGACGCCGCUCUCGCAUUCGACUGGCUCGAUGAGCUCGUCGGUGGCGUCAACCAACUCAGCCAAGAUUCAAGCCCACAAGCGGUCACCGUCGGACAAGCCACGGUCGAUGAGCUCGCGAGUUGACGAGGGAGACGACGACUCAUCGAUUGAUCUCUCGUCAGUCUCGUUUCCAUCAUCAGGAAGCAGCGACGAGCGGCGAGCGGCGGUGGCGGCCAAGUCUUGCGUGAUGUCGUCCAGCUCUUCGUCGUCGCCAGCUCCGCAGUACAAGUCCCAUGACGGAUCUGGCGCGGAUGGGGCGCCGCAGCGAAAGCGACCCAAGGUUCGAGUCAAGACCAAAAAGGCCGAGUCGGGCAAGUUUGACUCGCGAUCAGUGCCAUCGUCUGCCGUUGGCACACCGCGACGUCGGUCGGGCUCUCGGCCGGUUACGGAGAUGGUCAACUACAGGUCUGCAGAACAGGUGCUUCCAUCGCGAAAUGCGGGCGGCUCGCACGAGCUGCUCACGUCGCUGGAGAGCACGUCCGCCACCAUUGGCAUGCGAAAGUCUGCCUCGCGCGACAUCCUCAUGUCGCCGUCGGCCCGAGCUGCCGCAGGGUUCAGUAGCUCGGGCUCUCGGUCGCGAUCGCAGUCGCGGCAUGGAGUGGACCGGUCGGGCGGGGCGCUCAUGUCUCCGGUGUGUGGGCCAAAUGGCGUUCCGCUGAGGAACCGGUCGACAUCAUCCCAGUCGGCGUCUCGAUCGCCCAGCCGGCAUAGCGGGGCAUCGCCGGCUGGGCGGAUGUCGCCUGCCGGACGCGGGAGUCAGAUCGUCAAGGCGCACCGCGCCCGGCAUCCGCGCGGAGCGGGGUUUAAGCUCGGCACGUCCAGCUCGGAAGAGGUUCCGGCCUCGGUCCAGGCGAAGAAGACCAAACGACGACACCGCAACCGAGCGCGAUCGAUCUCGGGCGGAGCCGAAAUGGCACGCGAGGUUGCCAAUGCUGCCAAGGCCACGUUCCACGCCAUUCCCGAGCAUUCGGCUCCGCGCUCGUUUCAAGCUCUCGUCGACUCGGCAAGCCCGCUCUCGCAAUCGCUUGACAGUCGUGCCACCCGCAGCCAAAAGCACAAGGUCCGGACCAAGGUCAAGGCCAAGAGCAAGCACAAGGACAAGACCAAGACCAAGGACAAGCACAAGGACAAGCAUAAGGAAAAGAAGCUCAAGUCGAAGAGCGGCAAGACCAAGCUCCGGGUCAAGACUCGCUCGCACAGCCGGGCGGGCUCGAGCGGCGGCGAGGCCAUCGACAGCGCAACGUCGCGCAGCCCACCGGCGCGGCAGCUCUCGCGACGAUCAUCUCGCCGCUCGCCGGUGCAGUCGAGCGGUGUCGAUGUCGAUGCCGGCACCGGUUCUGUCCUGGAUCUCGGCGACUUUUGAACUGUGUGAAUGAAAAGAGAGUGCAAUGA